AUGUUUUUGCAGAUACGAAUGCGUGCUGCCGACAAGCAUGCGCAGCGAAUUCUUUGGCGUACGGAUAGAGAGCAUGAUCCGGAAAUCUUCCUGGUCGAUGUUGCUACGUUUGGGUCAACGUGUUCGCCAGCAUCGGCCCAAUUUGUGAAGAACCAGAAUGCGCGAGAGCAUAGCGACCGGUUUCCCAGAGCAGCAGAGGGUAUACUCCAGAGUACGUAUGUAGACGAUUAUCUUGACAGCUUUGGGUCGGAGGAAGAAGCUUGUCGUAUUUCUGAGGAAGUUCGUCAGAUUUUCUGUAACGGUGGGUUUCAACUGAGGAACUGGAUUUCAAAUAGUGAAAGCGUACUGCAGCACCUUGGUGAGACACAAGCUGCUGUCAGGAAAAGCUUAACGACAACCAGCAAUGAUGCUGAGCGCGUGCUUGGGAUGUUAUGGGAUCCAUUGACGGACGAACUAUCGUUCAGUACUCGAAUGAGCGAUGAAGUUCAUUAUCUCCUAGAAAAUGACAAAGUUCCAACGAAGAGGCAAGUACUACGCUGCGUCAUGACCCUGUUUGACCCGUUGGGCUUAUUAGCAACGUUUCUAAUUCACGAGAAGAUCUUAAUACAAGACCUGUGGCGUGCUGGAAUCGAAUGGGAUGCAGAAGUCAGCGACAGUCAGUAUGCAGAUUGGAGAAGAUGGACCAAAAUGCUAUUAUAUAUCGCAAAUGUCCGUAUUCCUCGCUGCUAUUUCUCGAAAGCAUCAACGCGUACGUAUGAGGAUACUGAACUCCACGUCUUCGUAGAUGCUAGCUUGCUUGCCAAUUCCUGUGCACUGUACCUGCGAACAAUCGACGAAAGUAGCUCGCCCCAAUGUGUGCUGAUUGCCGCGAAGGCAAAGGUGGCGCCGCUGAAGCCAAUGACCAUUCCUAAGUUGGAAUUACAAGGAUGCGUACUGGGAGAGGCGACUUAUAUGGACAGACAGUUCGAUUGUGCUUUCGUGGAUUCGUGCGGAUCCGAGAACUAUCGACCGUUCGUGGCGAACCGAGUCGGUGAAAUCCUCGAAAACACGAUAGUCGACGAAUGGAGGUGGGUACCAUCGGAGUUAAACCCAGCAGAUGAAGCAACAAAGUGGGGCAGCGGACCCUACUUCAGCAACGACGGCAAAUGGUUUAAUGGUCCAAAGUUCUUGAGUCUUCCGGAACCAGAGUGGCCGAGUCCUGCGGAUAUCGUCGUAGACACAGUUGAAGAAGGCCGGCCGUCAGUUCUCUUCCAUGCCAAUUGGAUUCCAGUGAUCGAUUACUACCGGUUCUCUAAAUGGGAAAGGCUGCAACGUAGUAUGGCCUUUGUGCUGCGAUUUAUUUCUAACACGAGAAAGAAAGGAGAAAAAAGCUCUAGGCAACUGACACAACAAGAGCUGUAUGCCGCCGACAUCGUGAUCCUCAAGCAAGUACAGAUGGAAGCCUUCGCGGAUGAGGUGGCGACAUUAAGAAAUAAUAAAACAUUACCGGAAGACCAGAAGCAAUCAAUCGAAAGAUCAAGCACCAUUUAUCAACUGAUGCCGAUGAUGGAUGAACAGGGAUUGGUGCGGCAGAACAGUCGUUUUGCAGCCGCGAAACAUCUACCCCACAGCGUUCGUUUUCCAGUCAUCUUGCCCAGAAAGCAUCGAUACACCGAGCUAGUUGCUGCGCGUUAUCAUCGCCUUUAUCGUCAUGCGAACUUCGAAAUUGUGGUGAACGAAAUUCGUCAACUGUUCGUUGUACCAAGACUUCGAUCCGUAGUGAAAGCUGUUGAACGAAAUUGUCAACUUUGUAAAGUUCGGAAAGCACUUCCGACAGUUCCCCCGAUGGCACCAUUGCCAUUCGCACGAUUAGCUGUACAUGAUCGUGCAUUCAGUUGCGUCGGAGUGGACUACUUCGGGCCGCUGCUAGUUAAACAGGGCCGCUCGAACGUAAAAAGGUGGAUAGCGCUAUUCACCUGUCUGACAUGUAUCUACUGCAUUCGGCGUUUCGUCUGCCGUCGUGGAGCACCCAGAGAGUUUUUCAGCGACAAUGCUACAAACUUCCACGGAGCCGAACGGCUGCUCCGGAAACAGAUCAACGAGGGGAUAUCAGCAACAUUCACUAACGCUAAUACAAAGUGGACCUUCAUUCCACCUACUGCUCCAAGCAUGGGCGGUGCCUGGGAGCGGCUGGUCCGCUCAGUAAAGACUGCGUUUGGGGAUGCAUAUGCCGAGGGAAAGCUCAAUGACGAGGAUUUGCAAGCUUUGAUCGUAGAGGCAGAGGACAUUCUGAACCUGGGGGCCGUUAAUUUCGGAUCUCGGACAGUGAAACGCAUGCGCUUCUACAGUAAGCUAAUUUAA